AUGGGCAAUUGCUUCAGCUGCUUUCGCGGCGACAGAAAGGCGCGGCCUGUGAAAGGUGCCGCUUCCACUCAACAGGCCGAAACCGCCGGCGCGCCUCUCCUGUCCUCCAUUGCGGACCACCCCGCAUACCAAUCCACGCCUCUCCUCCGCCCGCGGAGCCUCCACCCUUGCGAAGUCGUUCCCGUCAACUUGAACCCUUCCCCCUCUCCCGCGCCUGCUCAAUCCCGGCCGCCGGCGGAGGAACUAUCGCGCGCCCCAGCUGCUUCCCCCGGAGAGUCCCGCAGCCAUUACGACGAGGCGACUUUUGAGUCGACUCAAGAAUCUCGCAGCCCUUACGACAACUCGACGAGCUCCGCCGCCGCAGCAGCCGCGGCCUAUUACGACCCGUCGAAUUCCGCAGCCUAUUACAACUCGAACUUCAACCCCCUAGCCUACCGCGAGUCGGACUCGUCGUGUUUCAACCCCCAAGUCUACCAGUCGGACUCGUCGUGUUUCAACCCCCAAGCCUACCAGUCGGACUCGUCGUGUUUCAACACCCAAGCCUACCAGUCAGGCUCGUCGUGUUUCAACCCCCAAGCCUACCAGCCGGGCUCGUCGUGUUUCAACCCCCAAGCCUACCAGUCGGACUCGUCGUGUUUCAACCCCCAAGCCUACCAGUCGGACUCGUCGUGUGUCAACCCCCAAGCCUACCAGUCGGGCUCGUCGUGUUUCAACCCCCAAGCCUACCAGUCGGGCUCGUCGUGUUUCAACCCCCAAGCCUACCAGUCGGACUCGUCGUGUUUCAACCCCCAAGCCUACAAGUCGGACUCGUCGUGUUUCAACCCCCAAGCCUACCAUCCGGACUCGUCGUGUUUCAACCCCCAAGCCUACCAGUCGGACUCGUCGUGUUUCAACCCCCGAGCCUACCAGUCGGACUCGUCGUGUUUCAACCCCCGAGCCUACCAGUCGGACUCGUCGUGUUUCAACCCCCGAGCCUACCAGUCGGACUCGUCGUGUUUCAACCCCCAAGCCUACCAUCCGGACUCGUCGUGUUUCAACCCCCAAGCCUACCAGUCGGACUCGUCGUGUUUCAACCCCCGAGCCUACCAGUCGGACUCGUCGUGUUUCAACCCCCGAGCCUACCAGUCCGACUCGUCGUGUUUCAACCCCCGAGCCUACCAGUCGGACUCGUCGUGUUUCAACCCCCAAGCCUACCAGUCGGACUCGUCGUGUUUCAACCCCCAAGCCUACGAGUCAGACUCGUCGUGUUUCAACCCCCAAGCCUACCAGUCGGACUCGUCGUGUUUCAACCCCCAAGCCUACCAGUCGGACUCGUCGUGUUUCAACCCCCAAGCCUACCAGUCGGACUCGUCGUGUUUCAACCCCCAAGCCUACCAGUCGGACUCGUCGUGUUUCAACCCCCAAGCCUACCAGUCGGACUCGUCGUGUUUCAACCCCCAAGCCUACCAUCCGGACUCGUUGUGUUUCAACCCCCAAGCCUACCAGUCGGACUCGUCGUGUUUCAACCCCCAAGCCUACCAUCCGGACUCGUCGUGUUUCAACCCCCAAGCCUACCAGUCGGACUCGUCGUGUUUCAACCCCCAAGCCUACCAGUCGGACUCGUUUCGGACUCGUCGUGUUUCAACCCCCAAGCCUACCAGUCAGGACUCGUCGUGUUUCAACCCCCAAGCCUACCAGUCGGACUCGUCGUGUUUCAACCCCCAAGCCUACCAGUCGGACUCGUCGUGUUUCAACCCCCAAGCCUACCAGUCGGACUCGUCGUGUUUCAACCCCCAAGCCUACCAGUCGGACUCGUCAUGUUUCAACCCCCAAGCCUACCAGUCGGACUCGUCGUGUUUCAACCCCCAAGCCUACCAGUCGGACUCGUCGUGUUUCAACCCCCAAGCCUACCAGUCGGACUCGUCGUGUUUCAACCCCCAAGCCUACCAGUCGGACUCGUCGUGUUUCAACCCCCAAGCCUACCAUCCGUACUCGUCGUGUUUCAACCCCCAAGCCAACCAGUCGGACUCGUCGUGUUUCAACCCCCAAGCCUACCAUCCGGACUCGUCGUGUUUCAACCCCCAAGCUUACCAGUCGGACUCGUCGUGUUUCAACCCCCAAGCCUACCAGUCGGACUCGUCGUGUUUCAACCCCCAAGCCUACGAGUCGGACUCGUCGUGUUUCAACCCCCAAGCCUACCAUCCGGACUCGUCGUGUUUCAACCCCCAAGCCUACCAGUCGGACUCGUCGUGUUUCAACCCCCAAGCCUACCAGUCGGACUCGUCGUGUUUCAACCCCCAAGCCUACCAGUCGGAGUCGUCGUGUUUCAACCCCCAAGCCUACGAGACGGACUCGUCGUGUUUCAACCCCCAAGCCUACCAUCCGGACUUGUCGUGUUUCAACCCCCAAGCCUACCAGACGGACUCGUCGUGUUUCAACCCCCAAGCCUACCAUCCGGACUCGUCGUCUUUCAACCCCCAAGCCUACCAGUCGGACUCGUCGUGUUUCAACCCCCAAGCCUACCAGUCUGACUCGUCGUGUUUCAACCCCCAAGCCUACCAGUCGGACUCGUCGUGUUUCAACCCCCAAGCCUACCAGUCGGACUCGUCGUGUUUCAACCCCCAAGCCUACCAGUCGGACUCGUCGUGUUUCAACCCCCAAGCCUACCAGACGGACUCGUCGUGUUUCAACCCCCAAGCCUACCAGUCGGGCUCGUCGUGUUUCAACCCCCAAGCCUACCAUCCGGACUCGUCGUGUUUCAACCCCCAAGCCUACCAGUCGGACUGGUCGUGUUUCAACCCCCAAGCCUACCAGUCGGACUCGUCGUGUUUCAACCCCCAAGCCUACCAGUCGGACUCAUCGUGUUUCAACCCCCAAGCCUACCAUCCGGACUCGUCGUGUUUCAACCCCCAAGCCUACCAGUCGGACUCGUCGUGUUUCAACCCCCAAGCCCACCAUCCAGACUCGUCGUGUUUCAACCCCCAAGCCUACCAGUCGGACUCGUCGUGUUUCAACCCCCAAGCCUACCAUCCGGACUCAGUCGUGUUUCAACCCCCAAGCCUACCAGUCGGACUCGUCGUGUUUCAACCCCCAAGCCUACCAGUCGGACUCGUCGUGUUUCAACCCCCAAGCCUACCAGUCGGACUCGUCGUGUUUCAACCCCCAAGCCUACCAGUCGGACUCGUCGUGUUUCAACCCCCAAGCCUACGAGUCGGACUCGUCGUGUUUCAACCCCCAAGCCUACCAGUCGGACUCGUCGUGUUUCAACCCCCAAGCCUACCAGUCGGACUCGUCGUGUUUCAACCCCCAAGCCUACCAGUCGGACUCGUCGUGUUUCAACCCCCAAGCCUACCAGUCGGACUCGUCGUGUUUCAACCCCCAAGCCUACCAGUCGGACUCGUCGUGUUUCAACCCCCAAUCCUACCGCAAAUCGGACUCGUCGAGUUUUUCCGCUGCCACGUCCGCGCAACAGCCGCCGCUGCUUCUCCCCACCAGUUCCUCCGCCGAGUCCUCUCUCCCCGCGCAUAUCUCGGCCAUGGGCUCCGCGCGCGACUCCGUGUCCAAGCGGACGUCCGCCGGCCUCCAUCCGCUACGCCAUUUCAGUUACGCGGAGCUGGUGGCGGCGACGAGGGGUUUUCGGACUUAUUGGGGAAAGGGGGCUUCGGAAAGGUGUACCGCGGGCGGAUGGUGCUGCCUGCGGGCAGAAGCAGCGCCAGUGGCAGCAGAAGCAGCGCAUCUGUCGGCGGAAGCAGCGCAUCUGUUGCUGGAUACGACGCAGGCGAUGACGAGAUGAGGGAGUGCGAGGUGGCGGUGAAAGUGACGAAAGGAAAGCAGUUCAACAAUCAGGAGCUGAAUGACUUCCAGGUGAGCGCUCCUAGAGCAAAAGCGUUCUGA